AUGGGCCUCACCGUUAACACUCACACUCGUUCGCGGGCCGUUUCCACCGCGGACAUUCUGCGUCCGGAAGACAAGGACAUUGCGCAACUCGUCAAGAGCCUGGAAGCUCUCGAUUACAGCUCCUACAAUGCUCUGCAAAACAGUCUUGAUCAGGCAACCUGCCUGCAACAAUUGCGGCACUUCCUGAAAGAUGAUAGUGAUGUCCACGGGGCACACAGUGGUUUUCGACGAGCCGGUGGCUUCCAAGCGUUACUCCGUCUGCUUCGCUCGCUCGUUGACAAGUACUCUGUGCCGACCGAUCCUCCUGCUACCACCAAGUCAUUCCUCCAGUUUCUUUCACAAUGGUUCGGCGUGCUCGGUGCGGCCUUGGAAGGGCACGAGGGAAACCAAAGGUACUUCAGAACAAAAGUGGACAGUGGUGGUUGGGACUCUCUGCAAUGCACCUUGGAACAGUUUUUCACCAUCUUAUAUUGUCAGACAGGUGACGACCUUCACUUAGAACAUUUCUUUGGGAUCCUCUUUGCGACGGCUACUGGCGUGGAAAUAAUAGAGGACAUAUACACUGCUCUGGAUCGGUCCACAACCUUACAAGACGGCGGGCUCUUCUCAGAAGAAACGAUCACUUCCGCACGUGCAGGCCUUGUUAAAUCAUUGGCAAAUGUUGGUGAGUUGGCAGUACCGGAGCUGCUAACUGAGAUGCUUGGGCUAUGGACAACGGGUAUCAAGGCUGAGAAGAUUCCGCAACGGCUUCUGAGAGUUGCACUGCCACUCAGCUUCAAGGAGAUACUGUCGACAUCACGGCAGAAUGUUGUCUCCGCACACACAGCCGGCACUUUCACUGCCGUGCUCAAGCUGAUCUUUGAAGAGCAACUUUCUUCGAUUGAAAGGGUUCUGAUGAAGGAAGUGGCUAUACUUUUGUGCCAAGAGGGCGUAUCCAACCUGGACGAUGCCCAUUUUUUGUUCAAACAGGCCAGUACGUCUUUUGAUGCAGCUUCAUUCCUGCAUGAUGCGAUCAUUGUUUCGCGACAGCCACCGAGUCUGCAAUUUGACUUGUCCCAGCAUGGCUAUGCAUCCACAGAACUAGCUACUCUUGGUAGACCCUUCCCGCCUCUCGACAAUGCUGGAUAUACUCUGAGCCUCUGGGCACGGUUCGAUACUUUCGACACUCAAGCCCACACCACACUCUUUGGCGCUUUCGACAGGACUCAAAGUUGUUUCGUUCUAGCCUACCUCGAGAAAGACACUCAUCACCUUAUCUUACAGACCGCGAUCCAAGGCAACAAGCCCAGUGUCAGAUUCAAGUCAGUUGCUUUUCAGCCAGAUCAAUGGUAUCACAUCUGUGUGGUGCACAGGCGACCACGCACGACAUCUUCUUCCAAGGCUUUGCUGUUUGUAGAUGGGGACUUCGUUGAGCAGCAAAAGGCAAAUUAUCCUUCUGCACCUCCAAAUGAUCGAGGCCAAAACAACGUCAAGGUCCAAGCGUUCUUCGGUACACCCCAAGAUUUAUCCCCGACUUCUGCCGGAGUAGCUUGUCUGUCAAAGUGGUCACUUGGUUCUGCAAUUCUGUUUCAAGACGCCAUGAGCGAUGACUUGAUCGCCGUCUUCUACUAUCUCGGUCCAAAAUAUCAUGGUAAUUUCCAGGAUUGCCUUGGUUCUUUCCAGACCUAUGAAGCCUCGGCAGCGCUGAAUUUGCGAAACGAGAUGUUACAUCCCGGAAAGGAGGAACAGUCAGAACUCAUUAUGGCGAUCCGACAGAAGGCAAGCAGUCUUAUCCGCGAAGACAAAAUAUUGAUCAAUGUUUCCCCUGCGACAAUCCUUGAUAAUGAUGAUCGAAACAACAUUGAUGAGACUCAACUGGUCAAGUCACUGUCAAAACUGGCAGCCAAAAAUCUGGUGGCCUACACGCGCUCCGGCACAAGUGCUGUGGCGAUCAACGGCGCAGUGCCUUCAAUCAAUGAUGCUUUGACACAAGCUAGAGGCGUUUUCCUGCUCAUGGGUGAUCCUACGGUGACCGUUCCGCAAUCACUAGACGAUGCCAGCUGGCGUUUGGGUGGUUGUGGCGCGGUCGGACUAGGACUCGUUCAACGCGCACGGACGACAGAAGACGUUGCUCUCGCGGUAGACAUCCUCCUGGAAACCGUCCGACAUAGUUGGAGAAACAGCGAAGUCAUGGAGAGAGAUGGUGGUUACGCAAUUCUAGCGAUGCUCUUGAAGGAAAAGCUCAGCCUCCCCUCCCAGAACAACGGCGAAGCUGCCAAAGUCGCUUGGGCAAUUCCAACAUCAAGACUUGAUAGGACCGGGUUGAGCAUGAGGGUGUUGGCCGCCAUCCUUUCUUUCACCGGCUAUAAUUCCGAGGACUUGACAAAAUCUGUCAUCAACAAUCCUUUGGCCUACAAAGUCUUAGUAGCAGACACCAGCCUCUGGAGAUGUGGACCACUUCCUGUGCAACAACUAUACUUUGACCAAUUCGUGGUGUUGGGGGAACAAAGUGAAUACAAACGCUUCAACUUGAAGAGACUAACCAGAAUGAGAGUGCUUAAACGACUGAUGGAGGCUCUGAAAUCGGAGCCCGUGAUGCGGCCCAUCAUGCCACAGUAUAUGGCCGCAAUCAAAGUCCUGUUACCUCAAACUUUAUCCGCGGAAACUUUACGUUCACUCGCCCUGUUCAUAACAUUCUCCGUCAACAAACGAAAUUUGGGGUUGCCAGCGCGGAAAACCAUCCGCAGGGAAGCACGACAAAGAAGUUCGUCAGCUGGAUCAUCUCAUGGUCCCAAGGACGAAGCCACGGCGACUUUGUCACAUUUCGAGAUCGGAAUGGAGGUUCUCCGCCUCUAUUCGGAGAUGUUGUGCCGCAAAGAUGACGAUACCCUGAUCAAGAAAUUUGCUAAAACAGUGACAAACAAGUGGCUUCUGUAUCUGCUGUCCGAGACGUCACCAGAAGUUGUGGUACUGUCGAUGAGGAUUUUGGCGAGAUUGCUCGUCGUACACGGCGACGCCUAUGUCAAGAAAUUCAAGGACACGUCCAAGACCUCUGGCUUUACCAUCAUGACGCAUCGUCUGAAGAGAUGGUGGCAUCUUCCAGCAUUAUGGCCUGCUUUGUUUGCCGUGUUGUUUGAUCUUGAUGUUGCAAAUCUGGAUCUGGACAGAAACUUCGACCUGUACGGAUUCAUCGACCUCUUUGCCAAUAAAAAGGAGCUCUCAGUUUUCUAUCCAGAAAUCCUCGAAGUCAUUACAGGCAUGUUGCAAAGCGGUCUGAAAACAAUUGUGUCAUCAAAAAGGCAUCAAGCUGCUUCGUUCCUGGCUCCGCCACUGGAAGAGCUGAGUGGACCUCCUGAACGACUUUCCAUGUCAACAAUGGCACCACCGAAUCCGCUGCUCACUAUUGUCACAAGCCAACACAUCGAAACAUUCAACACUGUCGUCAAAUUUCUUGCAGACCUCCACACUAGGUCGCAGAAGUUCCGAGACUUUGCAGCCACGUCUUCGUAUAUUCAGGAUCUCCUUGCCGUCCUCUUCCCUGUUGUGGUCGGCUCUGACGUGGUUGAAGCAAAGACGGAGUUGGAUGCCCGGGAUUCAACGCUGACAUUCGACGGCGGAGACGUCGUUAUUCAUCCACUCUCGACCACUCCUCCCGUCAUCCGGACUAUAGAUGCAGAAAACUCAUCUACGGCGACCAGAGGUAAGACUCUUCGGAGAGGCUCGUCUUUUGUCCUCGUCACGAAGGACCAUGCCCGCCAGAAUAGUUCGGUCACCACUACAGCAAUUUCAGCUUCGAGCGGCUCGAACCUUGCUAUAGGAAAGGUGCCUGAACUUCACGAUGGUCAUUCUAUCGUUCAGGGUCUGCUCGAGAUAGUCAUAUCUGUUUUCAUGGAUCAGAUUCUCGUUCGGAAAGAAUUUCCAGGACUCGGCCUUUUCCUGAAGACGCCACCUGGCUUCAUCGAACACCAAUCUUACUUCGAAACGUGGAUCUUGAGGAAUACCGUCUCGCAGCUCGCGAACCAUAUAGCUCUAAAUCAAACAAUCCUGACGGAGCCAAGGGUUUUGAUCAACCUAGCCCGCCUCUUCGGACAUCUUGAAGAAGCUCUUUUCGAAGGAUGGUUCAUUGGCGGUGCCGAUCCGGUACUCGACUUAUCAGGAUCUAUACUAGAAUAUCUUCAACGUCCUGAUAUUGCAAAACUGAAGAGCGUGCGGCUGUGUGCGCAAACAGUUGCCAUCAUCCGCGCUGUUGUUUUCCGGACAGUCCUCCUUAGUCUCUCAUCAAUCCACGACAGCGAUUCGUUACCCUUUUUGGAAAAGUUGACAUACUGGCAGACGGUCCUGCUCUCAGGCGAAGACACUCAAUCAGCCAAUCUGCAGCUUAUUUGUUACCUUCUGUAUGCCAACCUCAUCUCCUCCACCGACGCUGUACGGCAAGCGGCGGCCAAUUUAUGGAGGAUAAUAUUAGUUCAGAAGCCCGACGAAGCAGCGGCAAUUUUCGGGCAAACAGACACGACGGAGCAGCAAGGCUUGGCUGGCGGCUUUUCGAAGCUGGUCGAACUUGACAAUGAGACUUUCCUUUACUGGGUCGACGAGCACCGCAGUGAGCUGGAUUCUUUGUUUUUUGAUACCCUUUCAAAGCAGUGGAAUACGUUCGUCACCUCAGAAAACAAGAGAACGGAGGAAAAUGGCCGGAUGAGGAUAGCGCGCCGGCGAGAGAAGGUCAAGCAAUGGGCACGAGAAGAGGCCGACCGUGAUGAUUUGAUUCGUCGCCAUGAAAUUGCUUUCGAAAAUUGGACUUCCAAUAUCUAUUCCUCCGAAUACCUCAAGCACCAGAGACUGCUCCAAGACCAGCAGGAUGACCUGGUGUACACCGAAGCCAGCUUCAAUCGGAUGCAAAGGGAUACCAGUAAACCCGCCGGGCUGUUUGCUACCAAUAAACCCAGAAAAUGGAGAUUGGAUCAAACGGAAGGGCGCAAUCGAAUGCGUAUGCGAUUGCACGAGGACUACACCUAUACAGAAGAUGAUCAGCAACCAAAGAGGAAAGGAUCUGACAUGCCACUGCGGCUUGAUACUAGAAAUACCAAAAUGUCCACGGCAGAAUCGAUAGGCGUUACACCAGGCGGAGCAACGCCAGUCGUCGAUACUCCCAAGCGCGUGAACAGCGGGACUGAGCCAUUCCCUGCGCUUCAAGAAAGCAGUGACCAGACUCUCGAUCAGGCGGCAGAAAAUGACACCCAAAGCGAAGCCAUGGAAGGCGAGGAGAGUUUCGAAUUGGUUGAAGAUCCAAAUGCUGAGAUGGAUGAGUUCGAAGACAAGAAUCGGAAGGUGAUGCGCAGCCUUCACCGCGGAGACCAGGUCAAGCACGUUGCCAACAUUUCGCGCAUUCUGGGACUCGAAGCGGUCGAGGGCCUGCUCAUCUUGGGCAAGGACUAUAUUUAUAUUCUCGACAAUUUCUUUCAACGUUCUGAUGGCGAGAUUGUGAAUGUUUGGCAAGCACCACAGGAAGAGCGAGAUCCUUAUGUACGAAUGAUCUCUGGGCGAGAUGUCACAGAACGCAAAAUCGUCCCCCGGAGUGACGAACAUGGCACUCGAAGCUGGAAGUGGUCUGACAUUAUCAGCGUUUCGAAGCGGCGCUUCCUUUUCCGCGAUGUUGCGAUCGAGAUCUUCUUCGGCGAUGGUAGAAGCUACUUGUUGACUGUGAUCUCGCCUCAGAUCCGGAACGACUUGCACAGUCUCAUCAGCGCCAAAGCUCCUUCACCCAAUGGACUGGGCAAUCAUUCAGAAACGGCCUGGCGCUAUGAGACUUUGAGGAGCGUGGACGACGAACCGCAGACCUUGGGGUCCAAGUUUGCGAAUGUGUUCGGUCAGCAGUCGAGCUCUCUAGCUGCAACUCGCAAAUGGCAAAAGGGGGAAAUGUCGAACUUCCACUAUCUCAUGCUGAUCAACACCAUGGCAGGAAGAACAUACAAUGACUUGACACAGUAUCCCGUAUUCCCGUGGGUUAUCGCAGAUUACACCAGUGAAGAACUGGACCUCACAGAUCCGAGAACGUUUCGCGAUCUUUCCAAACCCAUGGGCUGUCAGACGAUGGAACGCGAGAGAGAGUUCAGAGAACGAUACCAAACAUUCGCGGAAAUGGGCGACAACAACACCCCGGCUUUUCAUUACGGGACGCAUUAUUCCUCAGCAAUGAUUGUGACAUCUUACUUGAUUCGCCUGCAACCCUUCGUCAAGUCAUACCUCCUCUUGCAGGGCGGCACAUUUGAUCACCCCGAUCGCAUGUUCUUCUCGAUAGAAGGGGCUUGGAGGUCAGCGGCCCGAAUGAACAUGACCGACGUCCGCGAAUUGACCCCUGAGUUUUAUUACCUGCCAGAGUUUCUGGUCAACGUCAACGACUUUGACUUCGGCACCAGGCAAACCUCGCAGUCAAUUGGAAAUGUUGAGCUCCCACCGUGGGCAAAGGGAGACCCUCGCAUCUUCAUUGCCAAGCAGCGUGAGGCGCUCGAGAGUCCCCAUGUCAGCCGCAAUCUACAUAAAUGGAUUGACCUGAUAUUUGGUAGUAAACAGAAGGGCGAAGCCGCCGUGGAAGCCGUGAACGUGUUUCAUUACCUCUCAUAUCAAGGUGCGAAGGAUCUGGACGCCAUCAGCGACCCAUUGGAACGGCUUGCUACAAUUGGAAUCAUUCACAAUUUCGGCCAGACACCAUAUCAGGUUUUUGCCAAACCGCAUCCCGCGCGGGAACAGAUCCGGCAUCGCUAUAAGCGGCUUGACACUGCCGCAGAAUCGUUGACUCGCAUUCCUUCGACUCUCCUGGAGACCGGGGAAAGAGUGGCUUCGCUCAGAUACUCCUGGAAGUCUGAUCGGUUGCUGUGCUCGGGGCCCUUCAGACUGAACAUCCCUCCGGAUUACGACAUGUACCUUGAAUGGGGCUUUUCCGACAACAGCGUCCGUUUCUACUCGACGGAAAGCAGGAAGCAGAUCGGACUCUUUGAGCAUUUGCAUAUUGGGCAGUUGUCUUGUGCGCUGUUUGCGGAUUCGAAAACAUUGAUCACUGCUGGAACAGAUUGCACCGUGGCUGUGUGGACAGUCGUCGAGAGCGGGAAGAGUGUGGAACUGCAUCCGCGCGCCACACUUUUCGGCCACCGCAAGCCGGUGAGUUCUUUGGCUAUAUCCAAGUCGUUCAAUGCGUUAUUGUCAGCUUCGACAGAUGGCCAGGUGAUGCUCUGGGAUCUCAACCGCAGCGAGUUCAUCCGCAAGUUGGAUGUGGAGCUGGGCGUGCAAUGUGCGGCCAUCAACGACGUUAGCGGAAAUAUUGUCCUCUGUCACGGGCAUGAGAUCAGCAUGUAUACCCUGAACGGCGAUCUGCUCCUGCGACAGGACUCUGGAGACCGCUCGCAGGAGAGCAUUGUCUCGUGCGCGUGCUACGAGGGAGCGGGCAACGAGUGGCUGGAACGAGACCUGGUCUUCACCGGCCACAAGAGGGGCCAGGUGCGCAUCUGGAGCAAAGUGGUCCGCGACGGGCGGUUUGAGUUGGAGCUCAUUCGGCAGCUCAACCAUGCUGACGGCAGCCGGGAUGAUGGAGCAAAUGUGAAUGCAGGGAUCAGCUGCAUCCUCCCAAUGCCCCAAGUUGUCUACACCGGGGAUGAAGACGGGCGAGUGUAUGAAUGGAACUGUGUGCAGAGGCACUAA